UACUUAUGCUUGUGCUUUCAUUUGUGGUGUUUCUUGGUAACCAUGGCUACGAAAUCGAUUAGUAGUUCAACAUUUGUAUUUAUGAUUUAUGGAACUUUAGUAUAAUUUUCUGUUUAAGAAGAUUUAGUUUGAAAACGAACGGUCUUCGAAAAUUAAAAUGUGGCAAGAUCAUGAGGUUCGUUUUGACGUGUCAUUGAUGGAUUUGCAAAUACGGGAUGGCGAAAGUUUAAUUGAUAAACUAGAUAUGAUUGAAGACACAAAAGGAAAUGCUGGCGACCAAGGUCGGCUAAUGGUAACCAACCUGCGAAUUAUAUGGCAUUCACUAAUGUUGCCUAGAAUUAAUUUAAGUAUUGGUUACAAUACAAUAGUUAACGUAUCAACUAAAACGAUAACUGUGAUCCAAGGAACGACUACACAAGCUUUGCAUAUUCUAACAUCUUUCAAAAACUGCAAAUAUGAAUUUAUUUUUACGAAUUUAAACACUAAAAAUUUCAGACACUAUACGUCAGUUACAGGAGUUUUCAGAGCAUAUAUGUCUACAAAAACUUAUCGCGAAAUAAAAUUACGAGGUGCCUUUAUACAAAACAAAUCACUUAUUACAUUACCGUCGGAAAUUAUAAGUAGUACAACUCUCGGAGUUUGGAAUUUAUCGACAGAACAAGGCAACGUUGGAACAUUUGUGAUAACAAACAUCCGAAUAGUUUGGUUCGCAGAUAUGAAUCAUCAGUUUAAUGUAUCAUUGCCUUAUUUAGCAAUGGAAAAUGCAUCUAUAAAGUCAUCUAAAUUUGGGCCAACGCUGGUAAUAAUAAGUACGAAAUCAAGUAAUGGUUACGUCUUAGGAUUUCGGGUCGAUCCAAUUCAAAAAUUACAUAUUCUUCACAAAGAAAUUCAAACUCUUAAGACAUCAUACGAUAAAAAUCCAAUAUAUGGUGUUGAAUAUACUUUUGAAUACCAGGGCGUAAUUGAACCUGAAGUAAAAGAAGAUCGAACAAACGAAAUACAAGAUAGCAGUGAUGAAAUUUCAAAUGUAUUUGGUUUAUAUUUCGCUGAAGAUGGUUUGAAACAACGUCAACCUCAAGUUGAUUCGUAUUUAGGACUAGCAGCUGAAGAACCUCGACCGGGAAUUUCUUUACAAAGUUUAUGGGAAUUGAUACCUGGCAAUGCAUAAUAAAAUAUUUUCAAAACAGUGGUUUUCAAUUAUUU